AUGGCGACCAAGGUCAGCUUCAAGACAACAUUUGAAGCCGCCAAGACCAUCCAGCCGAUUUACACUGGGGGUGAGAUAUCUGGCAAUCUCGACGGGACAUUGAUCGCGACAUGCGUUGAUGAGGAUGUUCUGGUGGUGAGAUCGGAGACGGCAAUCGUUCUAUGCCGAGUAGAAGGAGAUGGCGACCCUGUGACGAGUUUAUGUCUGGCACCAGACAGCUCACAUCUGGUUGUUUGCUCGAGAUCUCUAUCACUCCGUAUAUACACCCUCACGAAAUCCGCCGAUUCCGACCUUUUUACUUCCUCUCUGGCUCGGACUUUGAAACCCCAUAACACUCCAGUUGUGUCAUCUGCUAUUGAUGUUACCAGCUCCUUGUUGGCGACGGGUGGCGCAGAUGGCAGCGUAAAGGUAUGGGAUAUUCGGGGAGGAUAUGCUUCGCACACGUUCCAUGGACACGGAGGUGUCAUUUCUGCCUUGACCUUCUUCGAGAGAAAGUCAAGGACCAUAGCCUCGAGAGCGGGUACCGACUCAACUCGCAAGCGGAAACUCAGGGGCGGUGAGCGCAAUGACCCCGAGUCUCCAACAUGUAACUCGAUCUGCCUUGCCUCUGGCAGCGAAGAUGGCAACAUCCGUAUCUGGGAUUUAGCUUCUCGAAAGUCGAUAGCCCUGCUGGACUCUCACGUCAGUGUCGUACGAUCGAUUCGUUUCUCGGCUGGUCAAGAUAUUUUACUCUCCGCGAGCAGGGAUAGAACGAUCAUCCUCUGGAAUUCCGAGAAUUGGAAGCAGCAAAGAGUUAUUCCGGCUCUUGAAGCGCUUGAAACAGGGGGGCUGUUGGAUAAUGGCCAACUUUGUUACGCUGGAGGCGAAAAUGGAGUGCUCCGGAUCUGGAGUACUGGUACUGGACGUGAGAUAACACCAAAGCAGAAAGCAAAGCUAGAGAACGAUUCCAUCCUGUCCAUCAUACAAAUCUCAAAGAGUGAACAACUUCUAUCAGUUCACCAAGAUCAAACCCUUCGUUUGCACGACAUCUCGCCCCUUCAGAAUUUGCAAGACACAACACUGACCGAGGUACCACCCGUCAUUCGAACCGUAUCAGGGAACUACGACGAGAUUAUUGACAUGGCGUGCGUGGGGCCGGAUAGGUCUCUCCUUGCCCUUGCUACAAACACCGAGAGCAUUAAGUUAAUUUCCACUAUGGAUAGCAUUGACCCAGAAGCCUCGUUACUGGUGCCGCCUUCCUUUGGCAGUGAGGUUGCUCUCCUUGAGGGGCAUGAAGAUAUAAUCAUAUGUCUUGAUGUGGAUUGGUCUGGUCACUGGUUGGCAACAGGGGCCAAGGACAACACAGCAAGAUUGUGGAGACUAGAUCCUGCAUCUUCGUCAUACGAGUGCUUCGCUGUCUUCGCUGGUCAUGCAGAGUCUCUGGGCGCCAUCGCAUUACCCAGAACCCAACCCUCUGACAGUCUUGCAAUGAAAAAUCCGGCUAAUCACCCGCCUGAAUUUCUUCUAACAGGUUCUCAGGACAAGACAAUCAAGCGCUGGGACAUGUCUAAAUUGAAAUAUUCUCCCACAAUGAAUGAGCCGCAUCGCGGAAUCAAAGCCCUUUUUACACGAGUGGCCCACGAGAAGGAUAUCAAUGCUAUUGCUUCCAGCCCGAUUGCUCCUUUGUUUGCUUCUGCCUCACAAGAUCGGACCAUCAAGAUCUGGUCACUGGAAGAUGGGUCGGUGGCUGGCAUCCUACGUGGUCAUAAGCGAGGAGUAUGGUCGAUCCAGUUCUCUCCGAUUUCAACAGCACCCUUGAAUCUACCAGAAGGUGGUACGAGUGGAUCUCGUGGACUUUUAGUUAGUGGUUCGGGGGAUAGGACCAUCAAAGUUUGGUCGUUAUCAACCUACACUUGCCUCCAGACAUUUGAGGGUCACAGCAAUUCUGUGCUGAAAGUGAUCUGGCUGCCACCAAGGGCACCUUCUCGUGACAAAGAAGCUCAGUCAGAUGCAAAUCAACCUCUGAUCGCGUCAGCUUCUUCCGACACUCUGGUCAAAAUAUGGUCUCCCUAUUCCUCUGCGGAGUCAGACCAUCUUCUUGCCACGCUCGACAACCAUAGUGAUAGAGUUUGGGCCCUCACAUCUCCCUCAUCUUGCAUCUCACAGCCAUCUCAGGUGAAAAUGCAGAGUCCUACAAAUGCAAUUUCUUACCCCUUGAUCUCUGGAGCGGCUGACGCGAGUCUCACGUUCUGGGCUGACACGACAGUCCAAACUGCCAAUCUAGCUUCGAAACGCGCCACCGAGCGCAUUGAACAAGAUCAACUGCUACAAAAUCAUAUCUUUACCAAGAACUACAGGGAAGCCAUUGUAUUGUCGCUGGCACUAAACCAUCCUGGUCGUCUCCUACGUAUCUUCCAGGACGUCGUUAGUUUACCCGAUUCUGAGAAAGACCGAAGCAGUAUUAUGGGGGUGCAAGCCGUCGAUGAUGUGCUUGCUGCUCUCGACCAUCAGCAGCUCUUCUCCUUGCUUGAAAGAGUCCGAGACUGGAAUACCAAUGCCCGAACGGCAACGGUGGCCCAGACAAUUCUAAAUUGUCUUUUCAAGAAGUAUCCUGCCAGUGCAUUUGUCGAUAUGGCCAAGGAGAGGAAGUUCGGGGAUGUCGACAAAGGGAUGAAAGAGAUUCUUAGGGCAUUGGAAGUCUACACAGAACGACAUUACAGAAGAAUGGAAGAAUUGGUCGAUGAGAGUUAUUUGAUUGAUUACACGUUGAGAGAGAUGGACGAGAUUGCAGGCACAAUAUUGACUGUCGACGGCCAUGAAUCACAGGAUGUAGUAAUGACUUGA